CACACUCUGCACUGCAUCUGCUCUACUCCUACAAAGCAAGUGAGCAAGAUUCAGAGAAUCGCCAGCCCAUCCAAUCCAAUCCAUCUUCUCUUCUCCUCUUCUUGCCGCAGCAGAUGAGCAUGGCGGCGACGGCAGCGGCGGCGUGGCCGUCGACAUCCUCCUCCGUCCUCACCCCUCGCACCCGCCACCGCGCCGCUCCCAGCCCCCGCGCCCUCCGCUCCGGCUUCCUCGGCCGCGCCCUCACCCUGGCCGCCGCCACCGACCGCCCCUCCUCCGUCUCCAUCUCCGUGCGCGCGGCCUGGGACGGGCCGCUCUCCUCGGCGCGCCUCAUCAUGCAGGGCCGCAACGUCAAGCUGACGGAGAAGCUCAAGGAGCACAUCGAGGACAAGGUGGGGCGCGCGGUGCACAACCACGCGCACCUGGUGCGGGAGGUGGACGUGCGCCUCUCCGCCCGCGGCGGCGACCUCAGCAAGGGCCCCAAGCUCUCCCGCUGCGAGGUCACGCUCUUCACCAGGCGCCACGGCGUCGUGCGCGCCGAGGAGGAGGAGGAGUCAUCCUACGCCUCCAUCGACGCCGCCGCCGCCGUCGUCAAGCGCAAGCUGCGCAAGAUCAAGGAGAAGGAGACGGACGUGCGCCACCUCAAGGGCACCAAGGAGUGGCAGUCCUCCGGGCUGUCCGAUGUCGAAGAUGAAUCGGAGGCAGAGGAGGAGGAGGAGGACGACGAGCUGGUCGAGGUCAUCGGCGCCGAGGACGAGGAGACCGUGCUCACCAAGGUUGUGCGCACCAAGGUGUUCGAGAUGGCGCCGCUGACGGUGGACGAGGCGCUGGAGCAGCUCGAGAACGUCGACCAUGACUUCUACGCCUUCAGGAACGAGCAGACAGGGGAGGUGAACAUCCUGUACAAGAGGAAUGAGGGAGGGUUUGGGCUCAUCAUCCCCAAGCAGGACGGCCACGUCGACAAGGCCACCGUCAAUGCCAAGGAGAAGGAGCACCCCGUCGCCGGCUGACCACGUCGUCUCCUCUCCAUGGCACCAAGUCACUCACUAGCUGUAGCUGCAUUAGUCGGUCUGUUUUUUCCCUGAUGAUGGUGGUGGGUGUGGUGUUUCAUCAGAUCAGACCAGACAGUCCCUCCCUUGUGCAAAUUAACAGACGCUUUCUGAGCUGUGUUAACUCA